AUGGGCCGACCUGCCACGCGAGAUCGUGGCCUUGAUAGCCAGCUACACCUGCACGCUGCCGACCCGGAUUCCUGCGCGUACUACCGCCACGAGGACCGUUCCUUCAUCGGUCCAGGUGCCCAGUUCAUUCCUGGCCAGCAGCAAGCGCCGCAACGGCCUGCGGGAGGAUCCGAAGACCCGUCAGGCGGCGGACCCGGGACCAGUGCAGGACCGUUGGGUAGCGGCGGCGGCAGCGGAGCCAGUGGGGCAGCGGCUCACGGCAGCUCUCCUGGCUAUGUCGCCGUACCCGGCACGUUCCGGCCGUCCAGGAUGAGCGAAACAGCACUGGCAAUGCGCUGCGUCUGCCGGCUGUGGUGUGAGGUGCUGAGUGAAGGUGUACGGCGGGUCUCCCACCUGGCCCUCGGCAACUGUGCGGACGUCAUGGUUCGGAACCAGGACCCGCCUGCCGUACUGUCGCCGCGGCGCGGGGGUGCCGGCGGUGCCUGCCAAGCGGGGCCCGGCCCCAGCAGUGAGGCUGCCGCCGCCGCCGCAAGUGGGGCCCCCCGGCGGCGCUCGCCGCGCACCGCGGCUGCCAGCGGCAGGCCCCGUGCAGCAGCUCGGGCCCGUGGCGCGGGGAACAGCACCGGCAGCGGCGUCGGCUCCUUUGCCGCCAGCAGCAGUGGCGCGCUGAAGGCGCGUUCGCUGGGGGGCCUGAGCUGGCUCCGAAACCUGCAGGUCUUAGACACUGCCGUACACCUAGACCUCGCCGCCAGCUGCCCCUGGCUCGAGGAGCUCGUGGUCUGGACACAGAACCCGCACCAGCAGUACGGCACGCAUCCGGGUCGCGACUCGGCUGGCUACUUGGGCCCGACGCACGGUCCGCAUCCCACCGUCGGCAGCGUCGUCUCAGCCGCCGCUGCUGGCGGCGGCCGCCGCGGCGGCGCCGCUGCUGGGGGCACCCGCCGCUCUGCUCUCGACCGCACCCUGUCCAGCUUGCCGGGACUGCGGCGGCUGCGGCUGUCUGGCGUGGACGCGUCGGCAGCGCGACUGGGCUCUGCGAUUAUGGGCCUUACGGCGCUGACCAGCUUGCGGCUGUUCCAGUGCAAGCUGCCCACCUUCAUCGGGGCGCCGGAGCGGGCCCGAUCUGGGCAGAGUAACUUUGCCAGGGAGCUGGUGCUGAACUUGGGAGCCAAGUUACAGGACUUGUCGCUCCAGGGGUGCUGCAUACGGGCCGUGCCCGACGAGGUUCUGGCGGGCCUUACGAGCCUGCGGAUGCUGGACCUGUCCUCCAACUGGCUCAGGGAGCUGCCGACCACACUGACGUUGCUGCAGCGCCUGGAGUACUUGGACGUGCAGCACAACACGUUGGUCGCACUGCCCGAAGGAAUGGCGGCGCUCACCCGGCUGGCAGAUUUGGACUUGUCGGAGAACUACCUGCGCCGCCUGCCUGCGGACUUUGGCCAGUUGACUGCGCUGACUCACCUCCACCUCGGAGGCCUUCACGGACUGGAUAUGGUGCUGUGCUGGCCGCUGCUGACCUCCCUGACCAACCUCCAUGCGCUGGGUCUCGGCUCUCUUGUCGCGGCGAGGAGGGAGAGCAUCCGGACGUUGGGCGAGGGCGAAGGCUCCUCGGGUCCCCUGCAUGCGCUGGUUUCGGCGCUGGCUCCCGCGGGUCGGUUGCGCGAGCUGAUGUUGGAUGGCUGCGGGCUGGACGGGCUGCCCGCCUGCUUCUCCGGUCUGACGGCGCUCAGCCACCUUUCCCUGAUGGAGAACUUCGAUACGUCGGGCUUUCCGAACGCCAUCACCGGCCUGCGCGGCCUGGCAGUGCUGCGACUGGGCUAUCUGGACCUCUCCGCGCCAUUGCCUGCGGGCCUGUAUGACCUGGGAUUCCUACGGGAGCUGGACCUGGAACAGAACUUCCUGCCGUAUGUGUCGUCGGACAUCAGCAAGCUGUCCAACUUGCAGCACGCCCUUCCCUGGACCGCCCUCUACCGACUCACGAGGUUGCGGCAGCUGAGUCUGUCCGGCCCGGAGGAGCCGCCCCGAGUCACCCGGGGCAUCGGGGCGCUCACUGGCCUGGAGGCGCUGCAGAUGCAUGCCGUGUCGCUGCCAGGCCCCGUCCUGUCGGAGCUGUGCAACCAGCUGACUGGCCUGUCUUCCCUGGACUUGGCGAGCUGCCAAAUGAAGGCGCUGCCGGCAGCCAUCACCAAGCUGGCGCGGCUGGCGGACCUGCAGCUGACCAGCAACCAGCUCGAGAAACUGCCGGCGGGUUUCGGAGCGCUGUCGCGACUGACAGAUCUGGGACUGAGCGGCAACCGCCAGCUGCGCUCGCUGCCGGCGGACAUCACGUGCCUCACUCGCCUGCGCAGCCUGAGCUGGACCGUGGACCGCACGCGCACAAAACCGCCCUCGGAGGAGCAGCUGAGCUGGAUGGCUCAGCUGCAAGAAUUGGCGCUGCACGGAGAACACAGCUUCGCGGAGCUGGCCAAAUUGCACGGCAUCACAUGGCCCAAGCGGACUUCGUACUGGUGA